AUGAAGGUCUUUCUGCCUGCAAUUGCCGAAUACAUUCCCGAGCAAAUGGCGCAAUGUCUCGCCACUUUUCUCGACUUUUGUUACCUUGUACGACAGAAUGACUUCACCGAAGAUACAAUCAAACAAGUUCAAGAAGCCAUCGACCGAUUUCAUGCCCUUCGUGUUGUUUUCAUAGAAACUGGCAUUCGUGAGGGGUUUUUGAUGCCUCGGAUGCAUGCUAUGAUGCACUACCCCCUCCUCAUAAUGCAAUUUGGUGCUCUGAAUGGAGUGUGUUCUUCAAUAACAGAAUCUCGGCAUAUUACUGCAGUCAAACGGCCAUGGCAACGCUCAAAUCAGAACAACGCCCUCAGCCAAAUCCUUCUGACCAACCGGCGUAACGACAAACUCGCGGCGUUACGGUCGCUCUUAGCAGAGCGUGGCCUCAUACCUCCUAUACAUACUAGUUCUCAAGCCAAGUUAUUUGAGAGGGACGAUUUAGAUGAAGGACCAGAUGAGAGUGGAGAGUGCGACAGCGAACGACUACAGGCAGAAGUGGUUCUGGCCAAGAGUAAAGCUAGGCAUUUGGCUCCGAAUGUGAAAUACCCUCACAACUUGAAACAGUUGGUGGAUAGCCUCCACCAACGUGACCUGCCUUUGCUCGCAAGGCGAUUCCUCUACGAACAACUCCAUGACGACUCAUCAGAAAAUAUUCCCCUUACUUCCCUUCCCGAUAUCCGCUCAAAAAUCGAGGUUUUCCAUUCAGCAGUCGCUCGUUUCUUUGCACCAAGCGAUACGGUGGGAAUUCGUGGGAUGCAUAGGGAACAAAUCCGCUCCUGUCCCUUGUACCACGGAAAACCUCGUUAUGAUAUGGUUUCCAUUGUCAUUGAUGAUGGUAAGAAGGGUUUCCUGGGUAUGAGUGCUGCCCGUGUCCUGCUCUUUUUCUCUUUCAAACACAAGCACAAUGGAAAGGACAAUGAAUACCCUUGUGCCCUGGUGCAUUGGUUUGACACGUAUGGGAGAUCGAGGGAUGCAGCAACCGGAAUGUGGCAGGUUCGACCAGGCUUUCUAGAUAUGGCCAAGCGACAGCCUCAUCUUGCCGUCAUUUAUCUUCAUGCUAUCUUCAGAAGCGUACACUUGAUACCAGUAUAUGGAAAAGAGAUGGUACCUAACGUUCUAAAAUACUGGAAGUCAUUGGAUCUUUACCGGGCCUUCUAUGUCAACUUCUCAGCUUUGCGUUGUCCACUCUAG